AUGGCGCCCGGGUUGGACUGGAGCAUGAACGCCUGCUGCGCCGGAGAAGGCGCGGGUGCCGCCGCCAUGUGCGACCCAGCCAUCUGCGCGAGACGGGUAUCCGCGGCGGCUGCGUUGGAGAGCGCGGCCGUCGAGCCCGCCGCAGCGUUCCACAUGCGCACGCUGCGGACCUCGUUUUUGAUGCGGGCGAGGCUGGCGCGCUGCGACCGGUGGAAGUGGCUGUCGCGCCUCGAGGCGAUGAGCGUCGUGCGGCACGGUGGCAUGUACUACGAUUUCGGCGACGACCGGUUCGGAGAGCGGCUGGAGACCGUGUCCGUGGAGGGCGACGCGGCGAGCGGCAUCGCGUUUGUGCAGCGCUAUGCGGGGGGCGAUUGUCGCGAGGUGUCGUUUGCCGCGUCGCUGCUGCGUCGCGCUGUUUCUCGGUCGCCGGCCGCGUCGACGCUGGGUCGCGCGAUCCUGCGCGGUUUGGCGAGCUAUACGGCGGGCGCACGGCGACGAUGUUCGAUCCAAGCGUUCGUCCCCGAGGAACACAAGUCUGGCCUCGACGUCGGCACUGGGGCGGGGAAGGCGGACGUCGUCGUGGACGGCGUCGCGACGCGACGCGCGCUCUCGCUCCCCGCCAUCGAGCCCCGGCCGCUAGCCAUCGUGUUGGAGCACGAUUGCGGCGGCGGCGGCGGCAAGAGUUCACCCCAGGCGAAGGAGCGCUCGGGCGCGGCGUUGGCGACGUUGCGCGCGCAUGGACACCCGCCGAUCCGGCUGAAGUGGCAGGUAGAGUGUUGAAGACGAGUAGUCAGUAUCUAGACUAGCCGGCCGAAUACGCGCCGGGAGAGUCU